AGCCACUGACUAGUGAGUGUGAGAGCGACUGCGACCAGCGAAGGAGCAAACACGGAGAGGGAAAGAGAGGGAAAGAGCGGGAGAGAGUUGAGAGCAGCAAAAGAUAAUAAUGUUGAUAACGCUCAGAGGAGCCUUUUCUUCCUCCCCGCUUUGCUUCAACACACCCCAUAGCCGUAGCCGUAGCCAUAACCACAGCUUCUCUCAUCUUACUCCCUCACCCUCUCCAGCACUGAAAAGAUCGGUCUGCAAACCCAGCUUCUCCGUUCAGAGAAAACCCAACUCCACCACUACAUCUUGGAAGCUUGGCGUUCUCUCCAGCCGCUCAGAAGCCUCGGUUUUUGAUCCCUUGGGUAUAAAUUCAGAUGUCAAUUCUGGUGUAAAUGCUACCUGGGAAAGUUUUGUAGGCAUAUUAUCACAAACGUUUGAGAGUGCCUCAAGUUCGAAGAAGGAGAAACCCACUUCAGCUAGAGGCUUGGCAGCUGCAAUAGAGGACAGUUCCAUUGAUUUUGGAGACUUCUUUAAAGGCCCAUUACCCGGAAAGUUCCUCAAGCUGUUGGCAUAUCUGGCCUUGUCUCGACUUGGGAUAUAUAUACCUCUUGGUGGGGUUAACCGUGAGGCUUUUGUUGGAAAUUUGGACGGUAAUAGUUUAUUGAGCACCUUGGAUUCUUUCUCUGGAGGAGGCAUCGGAAGACUUGGGAUAUGUUCACUUGGUAUUGUUCCAUUCAUCAAUGCCUCGAUUGUCUUCCAGCUUCUUGCACAAAUUUAUCCCAAGUUGCAGGAUCUUCAGAAAAGAGAAGGAGAAGCAGGAAGAAAGAAAAUUGUUCGGUAUACUCAAUAUGCUUCAGUUGGGUUUGCCAUAGUCCAGGCAAUUGGCCAAGUAUUCUACCUUCGUCCAUAUGUCAAUGACUUCAGUACAGAGUGGGUUAUCUCUUCUGUUACCUUAUUGACACUUGGCUCAGUAUUGACAACUUACAUUGGCGAACGAAUCACAGACCUAAAACUCGGAAAUGGCACAUCUCUUUUGAUAUUCACAAGCAUCAUCUCGUACUUUCCAGCAUCCGUCGGUAGGACUGUUGCACAGGCAUUUCAGGAUGGUAACUAUGUUGGACUUGCCACCAUAGUUGUCUCCUUCUUUGUAUUGGUCCUUGGUAUUGUAUACGUUCAGGAAGCAGAAAGGAAAAUUCCACUUAACUAUGCCUCAAGGUAUAACACCAACAGAGGUGGAGGGCUUCAAAGAUCUGCUUACCUACCCUUUAAGGUGAAUAGUUCUGGAGUUAUGCCAAUAAUAUUUUCUACAUCAUCAUUAGCUCUUCCUGGUACUAUAGCACGCUUCACCGGUUUAGCUGCAUUGAAGAACGCUGCAGUGGCUUUAAAUCCAGGGGGUUCUUUCUAUCUCCCCACCAACAUCCUUUUAAUAGCCUUCUUCAACUACUACUACACUUUCCUACAGUUGGAUCCUGAUGAUGUAAGUGAACAGUUGAAGCGCCAAGGUGCAUCAAUACCACUUGUACGACCGGGCAAAAGUACGGCUGCAUUUCUUAAGACAGUUCUAAGUCGAAUAUCAGUGCUUGGUUCAGCCUUCCUGGCAAUCCUGGCUGCUGGUCCUUCAGUGAUUGAACAAGUGACGCACCUCACUGCAUUUCGUGGAUUCGCAGGCACAUCUGUUCUCAUCCUUGUUGGUUGUGCAACUGACACAGCAAGAAAAGUUGAAGCAGAAAUAAUAUCUCAGAAGUACAAGAACAUAGAGUUCUAUAACAUUGAUAAGUAUGGCCCGUAAUGCAUGACAGAUUAAAAACUUAGUCUGCUGUACAAAGGAUGUGUAUGCAAAGGAAACUAGUAGGGACGAGGGGAUGUGGUUUGGCAUGAAUAGAGUUUCAUCUGUUAGACAUGUACGAGUUGAGAUACUAAAGAUCGAUUGAGGCUUGUACGUAUGCUGCACUGCAUCCACCAAUUUUCUUGUAAUAUUUGAAAAAGACGUUUGGAAAUUCAAAGGGAAGCAGAAAUGAAUUUGUAA